AUGAUGCUGCAGUUCGGCCACCACCGCCCACCCCGGAAUGUAAUGGACAAAUUGGCCGGCGUCCAGCCGUUGCCGAGGGGGGAAACUGGCAUUCGCUCUCGCCUUUUCACACGGGUCACAUUUUACUGGUAUUCACAUUGCACAAGAAUGGGCGCGCCGGCCACGCGGUCCCGGGUCGUCUCCAGGCCCGUGGCGUUGGCCUGUAUUGGCAUGAUGAUUGGCCUCACCACAGCAUGGUGCAUCUCAACAGUGGCCCGGAUACCACCGAUUAUGUGCGAUCCAGUAGCUGCUGCGCGGUCUCGACCCGACCAAGGCUUCAUCCUAGUCGGCAUCAUGACGGCCGCCAAGUACGUCGACACCAGGGCGUACAACGUCUGGAAGACCUGGGCCCAGCAUAUCAACGGAAAGGUCCUGUUCUUCGUCGCCGAGGACACCGUCAGCAUCUACCCCGAGUUGCCGCUGAUCCGGUUGAAGGGCGUCGACGACACGUACCCGCCGCAAAAGAAGAGUUUUGCCAUGAUCCGAUGGAUGGCCGACAAUCAUAUUGACAACUUUGACUGGUUCGUGCGCGCCGACGACGAUCUGUACAUCCGGGGGCCCGAGAUGGACGCUUUUUUGAGGUCCCUCGACCCAUCACGGCCACACCUCGUCGGCCAGGCCGGUCUGGGCAACAGCGCGGAAUAUGGUCUCCUGGCGCUCGGCAACACCGACAACUACUGCAUGGGCGGCCCGGGUGUCGUGAUGAGCAAGCAGACGUUGCGGCUCCUCUCGCCGCACCUCGAGUCUUGCCUCUCCCACCUCCUCACCACCCACGAGGACGUCGAGCUGGGCAGAUGCAUCAAGCGACAUGUGGGCGUCUCGUGUACCUGGAACUACGAAAUGCAGAAGCUCUUCCACAACAACCAGAGCACCGCUACGGCGUACACUGGCAGCUUGCACGAGUUGACGGCCGCCAUCACCAUCCACCCCAUCAAGGACCCGAAGAUUAUGAACCGCGUCCACGCCCACCAACGCGCCCACCAGCUGCGCCAACUUCGCAGCAAGCGAAUGCUGCUCGAGGCCGAGCUGAUGGACGCCCGAUCGCCGAGCCUGAUCCGCGUGCAGCCCAACAAGACGUCCGACCUCGAGCCCUGGCAGUUCAUCAACAACCAGAAGAUCAUCUUCUGCGCCGAUCGCGUCACCUGCCCGCGGCACACCGUCGAGCUGAGCAUCAGAACUGAGGCCAGCGAGAUUAUCAACCAGCUCUUCGACGAGUUCAACACCAACGCCAGGCAGCGCGGCCGCGUGCUACAGUUCCAGAGUCUUCAGUACGGCUACAUGAGGGUCGAACCGAGAUAUGGUGUCGACUACGUGCUGGACAUGAUCCUGUGGUUCAAGAAGUUCCGCCCGCCGCAUCGGACAACGCUCAGUGUCCGCCGCCACGCCUACGUACAACAGACAUUCGGCCCGCUGCAGGCCACCGAGGACGAGACGAUUCGCUCGAACCUGCGCACUUUCUCCAACAUGACGCACGAGGAAUCGACCCACCCGCAGCUUUACAUGAUCUUGCCGCUGCGCGGGCGUGCCGAAAUCUUCCAACGAUUCGCGGCGCAUCUCCGGAACGUGUGCCAGCGCGAGAGCGGCGUCUCGCUCGUCCUCGUGCUCUACGACAACGAGGAGGUGGACAUCAAUCGGAAGACGGCCGCUGAACUUGCCGAGGCUGUCGACGUUAAGAUCAUCGACAUGGGUGAAGCAAAAUUCUCCCGCGGCCUCGCACUCUCCAAGGGCACCGAACAUCUCCCGCCAACUGCGCUGCUCUUCUUCACCGACGUCGACAUGCUGUUCACCUGCGACACCCUGCAACGCAUCAAGCAGAACGUCAUCCUCGGCGCCCAGGCCUAUUUCCCGAUCGUGUUCUCCGAGUUUUCGCCGGAAUCGUGGUCAGAAAACGACAAGCUGCUUGCGGAUGCCUUCCAUUACGGCCGUCGACGCGGCUACUUCCGGCACUUUGGCUACGGCCUCGCCGCCCUCUACAAGGCCGAUUUCGAUCGCGCCGGCGGCUUCAACACGAAGAUUGAGGGCUGGGGCCUCGAAGACGUCGACUUCUUCGAGCGUUGCCUGAAGUUGCCGAAUCUGCGGAUAAUGCGCGCGCCGGAGCCGGGAUUGGUGCACAUCUACCACCCGAUCGUGUGCGACCCGGCGUUGCCCGAGACGCAGAAGAACAUGUGCACGGGCAGCAAGGCCGCCUCGCUGGCGUCGAUCGACGCGCUCGUCGACCAGAUCACGCAGUACGUC